AUGUGCGAAUCGUCGAAACCUCAGCUUCCCCACUCUCCCCCUGUCAUGGCGACUUUAUCGAUCAUGCGGAAUGCCAUUUCAGCCAAUCCUGUGCGUGUGCUUCCCCCACGCCACUCGUUGCAUUACCUUGGCUAUUCGGCUAUUUACACUGGUACAUGUUCACCCACAGUCUUCGACCUUGUUGCCAGACAUCUCCUGUACCCUGACCUUGAAGAUCUCUUCACCGAAUUGUGGGAAUUGGAUGCGAACCGUUUAGAAUUGGGCAAAGAUUUAAUUCUCGACCCACAAGGCACGCGCUUGCACAAUUCAAUGCAUAAAUUAGUUGAAAUCAACGGCUCUUCGAGUUACGUGCCGAAUCCCCCAAAGGACAAUGCACCCAAACCACUCUUCUCCUACGUCAACAAGACCCGCCUACUGACUUCACCAACCUAUCAAGGUGUCGCUUCAAAUUUCUUUGUAGCCUUCAUAGAACUGAUCCCGUCCUACAAUCCAGACAUUCUGGUGAAUGAGACAGUCAGCUCAGAGAAGCUUCUAGCUCAGUCGAAAUUCAUCACUGCUGUCAUGCAGACCGCAGUCAUGCAGAAGGUCAGAGGCUACCUCGAGGAAAGGAAACUCAUUUCUCCCGGAGAGAAGGCAUUCAAAGAGUUGCUGUUUCAAAUGUGGUUCAGAAGCUACCAGCGCAGGAAGCGACUGAGUUCCAGCGCCUUCGAGCACGUUUUCCUCGGAGAAGGAAGAGGGUCGCAGACACUUGGAUUCCACUAUUGGCUUCCAAUGUACCUCCACGAAAGCGAGGGUGCACUGGACUACUUUGGCUACUACGAACAAAGACGAGGCAGACUGCAGAAUACGCUAUCAGUGGCCUUCAUGUGGAACGCCAAUUGGCUGAAGAAAUACGCCACCUUCAUGUUUGGAACGUCGCCAGAAUUCGACUUGGGCCUCUACACCGUCGCCUUUCUUAGGAUGAAAUCCACCAUACCAAGUGGAUUUCGCUAUGCGCUGUCGCUGCGCGUGAUGAAUAGCCGGUUAGCACUUCAGUGCUAUCAAAUUGACGAAAAGACACUUGGCUCGUGCUACGUAGUCUGA